CCGCUUUCACUCAACUCUGCUCAGCAUUACCAUUACCACCUCCACAUCUCUCCCUCUUAUUUUCUCCUAAUAACUCAAACAGAGAAACAAAACAAAACAAAACUUCUUUUCGUGCACUUUGAAUUUGAAAUUCAAACAAAAUGAAGCUUAGUUCGAGUAAACUCAAGCCAAAGAUUGAACCAGAGCCAUACAUCACGAAGAAGCAACGAACAAAAUGUCGUCGUAAACUUCGAUCUCAGAUCUCUCCGAUUCUUAUAUCGCCUUUGAACCCUGCUUGUCCUCGAAAGAGCAGCGGUUUCUCUGCUUCGACGGCGGAUUCUUGUCGUUGCGUUGGCGAUGAAGUGUCCUGCGAUUCAAGCAGAGUUACAGUUGAAUCCAGAGCAAGCAAGAGAAAAUUGCGUGAACCAGGAGUUGGGGGGAUUGAAGAAGAUCCGUUUAGAAGGAUCACGAGAUCUUAUGCUAAGCAGAAAGAAAGCGAGAGGAAAGGAAAUGAAGUAGAAGUGAGUGAAUUGUCUUGUGUGGAAUCCAAUUCUGGAGCUGAAUGUGUUGUUUCUGAGAAGAGAAGAAGUUCAAAGUUGAAGAAGAGAACUGAAAAAUCAAAGGAAAUUCAAAUUGACGAAGCCUCUGUAUCGGUUACCAAAUCGGAGAUUUCCUCUGUCCAGCGAAAUUUGGAGAUCGUACAGUUCGAGAGUAAGGAGAAUGACGCCGUGUCUAUUGCUUCCGGUGUGGAAUCGUGCUUGUCAAAUAAAACAACUGAAGUAGGCAAUAUUAGAGCACGUGAAACAGAGCUCUCUGAGAUUUCAAAAAAUGACGCAGUCUCCAUUAGCGGCUCAGUGGUGGAGCAAAAGCCAGAGAGCUCGGUACUUGAAGCUGAUCUAUCUUGUGCAGAGCACUUCUCAUACGACGGUGCUGUUGCUGAAUACUCUUCUAGUCACGAGGUGGCGAUCUCGGAGCUGCAUUCAGAGUUAUUCCUGGAGAGUUCGUCGGACCUGGAUUUCUCAGACUACACGCCGUCGAUUUUCUUGGAUUCUGGAAGCGAAUUCUCCGAAAAAUCUGAUGAUUUUCCACCUUCGCGUACUUACUUACUGUUGCUCGAGUUUAGACAGCAAUUUUCGCGAUCAAGUGUUCCUUUAGACAUGAGAAUGACCUCGUUCAGUGAAGCAGAGUACCUAAGAAAAUCUAGCUUUGUGAGGUUCCAAGAUGAAAAAGAUGAGGAGAGCUAUCAAAGGUUCCGGGAAAGAGAGAGAAGGCAACUAUUUUUGUACGACUACGUCGAAUUUUACCGUUCCACGACGGAAUACGGCGACCUCAUCUUUCAGCAACGAUACCGGAUGGUCCAUUGGAUCGUUGAGCAAUCAACUGCAAAGGAGUUUCAGCUUGAGACAAUGUUCCUUGGAGUUAGUCUUCUGGAUAGAUUCCUAACUAAAGGAUUUUUCAAGAAUAAAAGGAGCCUUCAGAUUGUCGGAAUAGCCUGCCUUACAUUGGCUGCCAGAAUUGAGGAAAAUCAGCCCUACAACACUGUGAGGCAAAAGAAUUUCCGCAUAGAGAGCAAUGUGUACAGCAGAUUUGAAGUAGUAGCCAUGGAGUGGUUGGUGCAGGAGGUUCUCAACUUCCAAUGCUUCUUGCCGACUAUACAAAACUUCAUGUGGUUCUAUCAAAAAGCUGCUAGAGCUGAUGCAGAGGUGGAGAAAAGGGCUAGAUACCUUGCAAAACUAGCACUAUCAGAUCCCGAGCAUCUUCGUUACUGGCCCUCAACAGUUGCAGCCGGGCUUGUCAUUCUGGCCAGUCUAGAAAGCGAUCAAAUUGAAUCUUAUCAACGGAUCAUUGAGGUCCAUGUCAGAACAAUAGAAAAUGACUUGCACGAAUGCAUUAAGACGCUGGAGUGGCUGCUACAGUAUGUAAGCUAGCAGCAAAGCUCAGGAGAAGAGAAUUCUAAUCUAACUUUUUGCGCACUGACAUUCCCUUCUUAUACAUGACAAAGCCAAUUCUGGCCUUCUCAUUCCUAAUAAAUGAAAGCAAAGGUUAUAGAUAUCUGAUUCUUUUUCAAUUUGGCAUAAAUGCCCUGUUGUUAUCUGUCCAUAAAAAGGCAGGAUACGAAGUCUGUAUAGCUUGUGGUGCUGGAGACAUAAUUCUUUCUCUGGCAUUGACUAUUGCAAACAUUGUUUUUUUUUUUUUU